AUGACUGAGUACGUCAAGGUCGAGAAGAUCAUCCCCAAGUUCCCGCCGCCGGCGUUCAGCGACAUCGCCAAGGCCUCCAACGACCUCAUCAACAAGGACUUCUACCACACUGCCGCAGCUGCCCUUGAGGUCAAGCUCAAGGCCCCCAACGGUGUCAACUUCACCGCCAAGGGAACCUCUGCCCACGAUGGCCCCGUCACUUCCUCGCUCGAGGGCAAGAAGUCGCUUUCCAACGGCAUCAGCAUCACCCAGUCAUGGAACACUGCCAACAUGCUGGCCACCAAGGUCGAGCUCAACGACACCUUUGCCAGCGGCUUGAAGACUGAGAUUCUCUCCAACUUCAACCCCGCUGCCGGCAACAAGGGCCAGAAGGUCAACCUUCACUUCAAGCAGCCUGCCUUCCACGGCCGCGCUUUCGUCGACUACUCGGCUGCUGGCGCCAUUGGCACCACCGCUGAUGCUGUCGUUAGCCACGAGGGCAUGGUCGUUGGUGGUGAAGUCGGUUACGAUGUGCAGAAGGCUGCCAUCACCAAGUACUCCGCCGCUGUCGGAUACACCACCCCUCUCUACAACGCUGCCGUGACUGCCACCAACUCCCUGAGCGUUUUCACCGCCUCGUACUACCAGCGCGUCAACCCCGCUGUCGAGGCCGGUGCCCGCGCUGUCUGGGACUCAAAGUCCGGCAACAACGUCGGUCUUGAGCUCGCUGCCAAGUACAAGCUUGACCCUGCGUCUUUCGCUAAGGCCAAGAUCAACAACCUCGGCAUUGCUUCCCUCGCCUACAACACCAAGGUCAACAGCGGUCUGACCUUCGGUAUUGGUGGCUCUUUCGAUACCCAGAAGCUGAACGAGGCCGGCCACAAGCUCGGCACCAGCUUCACCUUCGAGGGCUAA